GUUCUGCGUUUGCCCCGGGGGCGUUGCCGGUAGCGGCCGUGGGGGCGGGCCGCGGGCGGGCGGCGGCGGCGCCGGGUGACCGCGCUGUCCCCGCCGCUGCCUGCCGGGCGCAGGCGGAGCCCCGCGCGGAGCCGGCCCCGCGGCGCCGCGGCGCGCCGGGGAUGGCCGCGGGGCCAUGACGGGCGCGGCGGACGGCGGCGGCGGCGGCGCCCCCGGGGGCCCGCGGCGGGCGGCGGGCGCCAAGGCGGUGGGCCGCUCGCGGAGCGCCCAGCCGCGGGCGGCGGGCGGCGGCGGCGGCUCGGAGGAGGAGGACCGGGACGGCGGGGUGCUCUUCCUCGUCAACAAGAGCGGCUUCCCCCUGGACGGGCAGACGUGGGAGCGCAUGUGGGGGCACGUGGAGCGGGUGCACCCCGACGGCAGCGCCGUGGCGGCGGCCAUACGCAGCGCCGCCCGCCUCGCCCGGCCUUCAGUGCCACCAGUGCCAAACUACAAGCUCUCCAUGUCUAUCCCAGAAUGGCUUCAGGCAAUACAGACCUACAUGAAGAUGCUGCAAUACAAUCACACAGGAACUCAGUUCUUUGAGAUUAGAAAAACCAGGCCUCUAAGUGGGUUAAUGGAGACAGCAAGAGAAAUGACCAGGGAGUCCUUACCUAUCAAAUGCCUUGAAGCAGUUAUCCUGGGGAUAUACUUAACCAAUGGGCAGCCCUCUGUGGAACGAUUCCCCAUCAGCUUUAAAACCCACUUCUCAGGGAACUAUUUUCAUCAUGUGGUGCUUGGGAUUUACUGCAAUGGCCGGUAUGGCUCACUGGGCAUGAGCAGGCGAUCAGAUUUGAUGGACAAACCUUUAACUUACCGAACUCUGAGUGACCUCAUCUUUGAAUUUGAAGACUCUUAUAAAAAGUACUUACAUUCAGUGAAAAAAGUAAAAAUUGGAUUAUAUGUCCCGCAUGAGCCACACAGCUUUCAGCCCAUCGAGUGGAAACAACUGGUCCUCAAUGUAUCCAAGAUGAUGCGCACAGAUGUCAGGAAGGAGUUGGAGAAAUUUGCUAGGGAUAUGCGAAUGAAGAUUCUGAAACCCUCAAGUGCCCAUUCUCCAGUCAAAGUGAGAUCACGGGGUAAGUCGUUGUCGCCCCGCCGAAGGCAGGCCAGCCCUCAGAGACGGGCGUGCAGAAGAGACAAAUCACCUUCACAGAGACCUAACCAAGAGGAAACGGCAGGGUCAGAGGGACAUCAAACUGUGACCAUGCCUGUGGUGGUGGACAAGAAAGCAGAUCUGGCUACGCUCAACGAGGUGGGCUAUCAGCUACGCAUCUAGCAAAGCCACAGGCUGGACAGAGGGCUUCCUUGGUGCUUCCUGAUGCACUUUACCUGCACCCCAUUGGAAGGAAGAAGGAAUGGGACUAUUUAUUAGCUUGUGGACUUUAAUUUAAAGCUGUACUAGAAAAUAGAACACAAAACUUUUUUGGUGGCAAUAUUUAUUUUCUUUCAAUUCAUGGAAAUGGCAUCAGUGAAGAGAACCUAAAAUUACGUUCACCAGGAGGUGGGAUUUUUUCCUCCAUCAUGUAGAAGGUGACUCCAGUGGUACAUGGGUUUCUUUAAGUAUAAUUUCUUUGUAUAAAUUUUAACUGAAUUAGGGCACUGUGCUGAGUGGUAGCACUGGGAUGAUUAUGAAAUCAUAUUCUUCUUAGUGUUAAGAUGUGCUGAGAUACAGUGUGUGUUUAAAAAAAAUCAUGUUCAGUAUUAAUAUUCAGCAAUAAAAACAAGCAGUGCAGAAGUGGCAUGAGUUUUUGAAGUGUCAACAUUACCUCACUAAACUUAAUAGAUAUGCAAAACUGUCAGUAUUACUGUUUUGUAACUAAUUUGUACUGUCUCCCAGCAUUUCUGGUAGUAUUUAAAACAGCACUAGAUGCGCUCUGCCACCUGUAUUACUAUUUUAUGCAUGUUGCUGAAAGAAGUUAAGGGAUAAUAAUAUGCAAGUGUAUUCUUAAACACUGACAUCUUAUUAUGGAAAAUAUGAGAUUUUGUUUGUUUUUUUAAAUGAUAACUGACCAAUAAUUAAAAAAAAAAACUUUCAUAGGUUUUUUUCUUUACACUUUGUCACAAGCUUUUAGUCUUUCCAAACUACUUUGCUGAAGCACAAAACGUGGAGACUGCUGUUUUGUAGAGACAAGGGUUCACAUUGCAGUGCCAGUUUUUCUUGUAUAUGUUAUUGGAAUAAUGGAAAAAAGUCAGAAUUGCUUACUUAAGUCUUUACAUUUUUCUUUCAAUAUUUAUGUGCAACUUGGAACCUUGUCUUUGAAAGGCUGAGCAGUCUCAAAUGGUGAUGCCUUGACAUCUUAUAUUAAGAUCAGACAUCACAGACUGAAGUUAUGCUUCCACCAUGCUACUACAGGGAGUUCUUCCUAUAUGCAUUAUAACAACAAUCAUUUAGUCAGAUCUGAAAAGGAAAUUUGUAUUGGAAAAAGUUCAGCAAUAAAACAAAUCACAUCACAAACAGCUACAACUCUCUUUCUUUUUGUUGUAAGGCUUAGCUUAGGACCUGUGAUCAAGGCAGUGUUUUUUAAGUGACAGGGCAAGACUUUUAUUUGGGUCUACUGUUCACAUUAAGGAAGUUCUCUGGAAGCAUUUGAGUGCUGCAUUCCUGAAAAUAUUUCAUUAGGUGCCUAAAUGGAAACUGGAUUACUCUGAAAGUCCAGCCUCUACACUUUGUGCUAUGCUUAUAGCUGAUAUAACUGUGGGCCUUUUAUAUCUCCCUUCCUGGCCUCUUAUUUAUUGGAAUCUCUGAGAAGACAGGGCAUCACAAAGCAGUGACAGAAAUGCUUGCUCAAAAUGAAUGAUUUAAGCUCCUAGAACUCUCCUUGGUUCAACCAAGGAUGAAGUGAACACAGGAGGAGAUGACUGCAUGUAGUACAGAUCUCAUUGCUCAGAGAAGUCGAUGAAUCUCAUUUACCUAGGACAGGAAGACAACAUGGACAGCCAGUAACUUUUUACAAACAGUAAAACACUUUCCAGUAACUAGAUUUUAGAAGGCCAAACUAGAGAACAGACUUUUCAAACCUAUUACACUUCUUUAUACAAGAUUAUUUUAUCAAUUACAGGGAGGCCUUUCCCAUCCCUCUUCCUGCAACCUUUCUCACUCCUAUGUUCAUAAUGAGAAUUUUUGGGGUCAGGAGUGAAGUUGAGGAAUAGAGGGAAAUACUCUUUUUGAUAGAAAUUUUUGUUGUGUAAUUUGACAUUAGCUGCAGAAUUUGUUUUAACGUUUGUGCUGCUCUGUGUUUUGUGAUCUAAACAAAUUUUUCAUGUUUCCUGUAGAUUUCUCAUGAGUAAAAUGAUGUGGAAACCUGUUAAAUCUUGAUAAAUGGUAGCUGUAGCACCAGGUUAUCUGAUGCAAAUUUUUUCUAUGAAACCAUGGUUUACUUCUCUUCAACUCAAGUAAUGGUUGUUGGUAUAUAGUUUUUACCAGUGUCCAGAGCAAUUUGAACUAUGUUCUCUGAACUGCUAACUUUACUGAAACUUUUCUAAACUGUAGAGCUGUGUGACAAACUGCUUUUGGGGUGGUUCUUGUUUUGAAGUUCAUCUGAAAUAUUCUCUUGAAAUUUGCUUAUAAUGGCAUUUGUAUUAACUGUGGUUCUAGUGAUUUUUUUUUUCCUAGCUCACUGCAACAUGGUCAAGUAGUAUAGAAAAACCUGUGCAUGACUGUUUUGCCUCCUCUCCCCCCCCGCCUUGUAUGUUUAUACACAGCAUGAAACUUUAAUAAACUAUCAUGGUAGUCUUUUUUAAUGA